CCAUCAACCAUCAACAUUCCCCAUUCAUCUGCAUCUACAAACCCAUUCGGGUAAACCCGAAACCUUUCGAUCUUCUAAGCCGCCAGCCAAAUUAGGGUUUUUGUUUCAGCUCUCGGAGCUUAUCCCCCUUUCCUCUAAUCUCUCUCAAUUGAAAUUCGAAUUCUUCGGAAACAAACAAUCUACAAAAUUACAUCAAUUAUUUUUGCGUCAUUGGGUAUUAGGGUUCGAGCUGCUGUGAAGCUACCGAUUUUGUGCUCCAAUGGACGACAUGGAAGACGACCCAAGGUACCAUCCGAAAUCCUACUCUGCAAACCACCAUAACUCUUCUGGUCGCCGGAAAAUCCACACCCGAAACACCCAAUAUUCUCGUCCGGUUCCCAACCGAUACGCGGAGGAUGACGACGACGAAUUGGACGAUUUUGACGAAGGAAAUGGCCGGGAAGACCAAUACAAUGACGAGGAAGACGAGCACAGACAUGGGUUUAAUCGGAAUUUUGACGCGGAGGAAGAUUUUGAGAGGCUUCCAAAGAAGAGGAAGGCGAAGAAUUUGGAAUCAAGGUACGAGUUUGCCCCUCGGGUGAGGCCGAACUGGGAACUGGGUUUUCGGGCUGAAGAGGAGUGGACGGAGCACGCGGUGUUUAUGCUGCUGGAGGUUUGGGGCGAUAGGUUUCUUCAGCUGGGGAGGAAGAGUUUGAGGUCUGAUGAUUGGCAUGAGGUAGCAUACAAAGUCUCAGAGGCGUCGAAGAUUGAGAGGACCGACAGGCAGUGUAAGUCGAUGUUGGAUAUGCUUAAGAGGAAGUAUAAGAAGGAGAAGGAGAAAAUGGAAGAAAUGGGGUUGAACUCUAGCAAAUGGGCUUACUUUAAGAAGAUGGAGAUGUUAAUGGCAUCAUCUUCGAGGCAGGAAUUUGGGCUUGCUUGUGGGAUUGAUUCUGGGGAGUAUGUGUUUAUGAACACGAGGGUUUAUUUGGAACGGUCGAAUGGGUUUGAUGAGAUGAGGGAUAGUCCUGGUGAGUCAGAGACAGAUGAUGAUGAUGAGAUUGGGAAUGAGGAUUUUGAUGUGUUUCCACCAAGAAUGGCAGGGAUGGGUGGAGGGGACGGGGAUGAAGGGUCUUCGUAUAGAGUGUUGACGGAUUCAAUUCACAAGUUUGGGGAGAUUUAUGAGAAGAUUGAGAGUAGUAAGAGGCAGCAGAUGAGGGAAUUGGAGAAGAUGAGGAAAAUUUUCAACAAGGAGUUGGAGUUGCAGAAGAAGCAGAUUCUAGAGAGGGCGCAGGUGGAAAUUGCGAAAAUUCAGGAGGCAGAUGACGAUGAUGAGACAGAUGUUUCUGUUGAGGAUCUCAGUGAAUGAUGCAGGACAUAUUAUGAUCGAGAAGGACGGGAACAUCUAAUCGCUGUUCUCAACUGUUUCGGGGAUUAACUUGCAAGACAUUCAUCUUUAAUCUGUUGCUCUAUCAUCUUCCGUUAUCCUUCAAUUUUAUCAAAUUAUUUUUAUUUUUGAAUAUGUCACAAAAUCGAUUAAAAUUUUUAUAACUAAAAUUUUCUGUGAAGAGUAUAAAUAUUUUCUAUUGACUUUUUUUAAGUGAAAAAUAAGAAAAAUCCAUAUUUAUUACAGACUUUCUUCUGGAAACAGCUCCUCCUUGAUUGAAGGAGCAAUCCACUGUAUCUGAAUAUGUGUUAACUCCCAAAGAUCAUCACCCUCCUGCACUAAUAUCUCCUUCAUCUUCAUCUCCGUAAUCAUCUUUCUGAACUCCGGCACAAUUUCCGGCAGUUUUGAUUCGCCAUAUGCUCAUUGGGAAAUCGGUAUCAGAAACUGCAAGUACACAUCUGUCAGGAGCUCCAAUGCAAUCUUCAAGGUCCCUUCCAUGCCUCUCAUCUCCUUCUCUGCGUUCUCUCUUUGUGAGUACUCCAGCAUCUUUUUGUGCAGAUCAUCCACCAUCACGAAGAUAACGAGGUUGAAACAGUUGGUAUAGUUGGUUGGUGUGAAUUCUAGUUCCUCAGCAAGUUUGAAACUUUUUUGAAGAGACAAGACUGCAUGGUUUCUUAUUUCUUCUCGCCGAGCUAGGCUGAUCUUUUGAAAUGCCUCCCCAAGCUUGACAAAUAAAUUCAUGGCAAAGUUGUUAGAGCUUUUGAGUCUUCUAAGGAGGAGUUACUCGUGUUGCUCGCGAUGCUGUAAUUGUUCCCGGGAUCUGAGUACUGAUUUCUGUACUAUUGGAUCAACAAGUUUACAGAGUCUGCUAACAGGUCAAGUAUCUUCAAGUUCUUCUCCAACGGGCUGUUUUUUAGAGCAAUAAAACCAAAGGCAUGGUCAAUGCAGUAAGCGUAAUUUGUCCGCGAUACAUGGGUUCCAUCAGACAUCACCAUGAUCAGGGUCUCAACUCCCUGCCAAUAGGUGUCAGGGUGUCGCCCGGAGACUGAUAACAAGUGAAGAACUGACUUCCAUCCGAGUUGGGUUUGCAAAUUGGCAGGGUACUCAACGAGAAUCUUGUUUACUGAUUGUGUAAUGGACUCGCUGCAGGUGUCCGAGAAUUUCUUUUUCCAGCUUCCACAUUAGAUUUAUCGACUUGAAAAUGAGCUCCUCGGGGAUUCUGUCAGGUCGGUAUGUACCAAGGAGCUUGAGACAGACCUUGAAGAGGCCUACAAUGGCUUUUUCGGAAAAUGGGAUUGGGGAGAACAUGGGAAACUGAGCAACCGCCAGCAGAUAAUCAUGAAAACUCAGCCAAAAUGCUUGGAACCUAUGGACGUUGGCCAAAGAGAUGGCAACUAUCAAAUCCCAGCAGAACCCAACGGUCACUUCUUUUUCAAUGGAUGUGCUAAACUUCUGCCCUUUCCCUGCAGCUGCAUAUAUUAGCGAACGCCCGAGGUUGAGCAAAGAGUCCUCGGGAAAGUUUGAACUAGUGCUGAAGAUGUCCCCAAUUCGGCAUUGUUUGAUAACCUUCAGGUUCUGUUCAAAUUCACUCAUGCCAAGAGAUACAGCAUCUUCCGGACUCUCUAGUGAUAGAAAAUGUGAGAAUCGACUAAUCAUGCCAGAAGCUUGUCGUCCUCCAAAUUUGGGAUCGUGAGCAGGGAAGAUUAUACCGGAUUCAGAUGUUGGUUGAGCAUCAGAUGAGGUGGAAGCAGCAUCAAACUCAAGGACAUUUUGGGGAAGUAGUUUAAGCCUCUUGAGUUUCAGCAAACAGUCCACAAUAUUCCUCCAACCCCCUCUGAUCGACUCUCCAAAGUUGUUUGCGAUGGUGAAAAUAGCUAGUGUAGCCAUUCUUGGCUUCAAAUAUUUGCUAAAAGCAAAGAGUGUUUCUUCCGCAGAGUCAUAAGGAUUAAGCAUCGUGGUGAAUCGCAAGAAGGUGGCAAUGAGCUCAUCGAGUGUGUCCUCUAGGCCGUACUGUGCUAUCCUGGCUACCGAGAAUAAUCCUUCAAUGCAUUCAUGGAGCAAUUCCUGUUCUUCAGCUUGCUCGAAAAAUGCAGAAAUAGCUGCGACUGAAGGGCCAGCGAUGCAAGCAAACAUGUCUCUGCCUAGCCGACGAUCAAAAUCACAUAGAAUGAAAGGCUGCACAGUUUUGGAACGGUUCAUCAACUCAAUCCAUCUGCUCGGCUUCAUUAGUACUGUCAUA